AGUAGGCUGGGCGCGAGAGUGAUAAUAUUAAUCUGGCUUCCUGUGCUCCUACUCAAAGACUCCUCGACAUUUCCCAUCGCAAGAGUGAAAGAUGAAGACGUUUUUAAUUCUCUUCCUGCUAGGGACGACCUUUGCAGACCCGAGCGCAACUUCUUGUCCUUCGUCUUGCAACUGCCAAGUCAGUGAGCUCAGAGACGAUUUGCUCGCCAGCUCAUGGAAUCCGGACCAAGACGCGCCAAAGUUGCAUCCAAACGAGGCAAUACACCUAGCUGACGAGGACAAUAUCAAUUUCCACGGCCUGCUGCGGACGGCGAUUUGCGUUUAUCAGUCGGACGUUAAGUUGGACGCAUGGAUGGCAGGGCUUCCACUCAACUUGGAGGCGCUGACCAUCAUGCAAGCGCCUGGUGUGGACAAGGUCAUUUUCGAGGAGCACCACUUCCAGCAAUUCCCGUCGCUGGUGCUGCUUGACAUCCAAGCCGUGGCGAACGCGUCCUCCGUGGUGCUCAAGAGCAAUUGCCUGCGCCCCCUACGUAACCUCAAGUUCCUCUCUCUGAAGAACAUCCGAUUCCAGGGCCAGCCCGACGUCGCUCCUCCGCCACCACCGCAGUACGUGAUCCCGGAUCUAGGCCCCGACCUGACCCAGUGGAAAAUUCAACAGCCGGUGCAGCCGAUGGAAAUUAAUUUUGUCGCACACGACGAGCCAAUGCCGUACUCCGAGUACAAGGCGGCCAUCGAGCACGCAGACAUGACCAUCUUUAGCGGACUAGAGAGACUCGAGGUGCUCAGAAUCGAGAGCUGCGGCAUGACAGAAAUCAAGUGGCAAAUGUUUCAGGGUCUGCGGAGCCUGGAGUGGUUAUCCCUAGAUAAGAACGAGUUAUUGUACAUUCCGGACUUUGCUUUCUACGGGGCCCCGCACCUAAAGCGCCUUUCACUUGCGCACAAUCGCAUCCUCACGAUGCACUUCCGAAAUUUGGCCGGUCUCCUCGAGUUGGAAAGACUUGACAUGUCGGACAACAACUUGUCGUACCUGUCGGAGCUGUCCUUGCCGCCUUUCCCAAAACUGCUGGAGGCUGACUUCCGCAAUAACCCUAUAGAAAACAUCUACAAGUCUACCUUUGAAGUAAUGAAUCGCACAGAAACGCUCUUUCUGGGCGGAGACCAGAAGUUGAGAAUUGAAGUAGGCGGUCUCUCUGGAUUGGAUUCACUUAGGACUCUGACAAUUUCGAACGCAAAGCUGAGAGUUCUGGAUCUGUCCACAUUGAAAGGUGCGAGACGACUAAGGAAAUUAAAAAUCCAGGGACAAGUCGAAGAGAUCGCUUAUGACGCAUUUUCGGCGGCAAGCAAACUGGAACAACUCAUCCUUAGGCACUGCCAAACAAAGCGAAUUUCAAUGGAUGCCUUUUACGGCCUCUUUGGUCUGUCCAUUCUUGACCUGUCAAACAACCAACUGACCUCUCUACCAAAUGGAAUCUUCGACCAGCUCACCUCUCUAAAAGAACUGCAGCUGCAAAAUAAUCUAUUCACAACCCUUCCAGAAGACAUUUUCCUAAAGCUCUCGGCAAAGAUGAUCCGCCUGGACGGAAAUCCGUGGCACUGUAGCUGUGCAAUGCGCGAGUGGCGGCCAAUGUCCAUCAACAAGGUCAAGGUGCCGGUUGACCGCACUUUGCAAAGUGCGGACCCAAAGGGUGGUGUCGGAAUGACCGUGCAAACCUACCAGUAUCGCUUUGAGAAGAGAGCAGCGCCCAAAUGUAAGACUCCCUUGCAGUAUGAAGGCUGGAGCGUAUUCCACGCAUUGCGGAAAGAACUCAAGUGCACCCUCAGCGAGGCCAAAAUUCAAUCUAUCAACAGGAGAAGGCUCGAGGCAAAGAAGAUCCUAGAUUCGAAGCGGAAUCAAGUCGAGGCUCAAGUUGUCGAACAAAGAGCCCCAGUUCCGGAGGCCGUGGAUAAGAACGAGACUGUGACGGUGCCACAAGCGAUAGCAACAACUGAGCCAAUCACUAAAGUUCCAUUCAAGGAAUUGAGUAACAAAAUCAGCAAUGAUUUGCCGGAAGAUUUAGCUCUGCCGAAAAAUGAGCAUUCAAAUGAACUGGCGCCAAUCACGCUUGGAGUUGGGACGCCGAGGCAAGUUGAGCACAAUGGUAAAGUGAUUACUCUUUCAAAGAAAGCCUACAAACUCGACUUGGAACGCAAGCGGCAAGAGAAAUACAAGAGACUGCAACAGGCAGAACUGUCACAAAACACUCCAUGAAUUAAAGUUUGAUAGGAAUCAGCCAAAAUUGGAACAUUUUGUUAAUUUUGUACCCAUGUAACGGAAGGAGUUAACUGAAUAAACUCUUUUACAAU